UACCAGCCGGGCCAGGUGCAGCGCCCGCGUGUCUGGGGACCGCUGCGCCCCGAGGAGCGCCCAGGUCUCUGGACUGCCUGUACUGCGGCCCCGCGCCCUCUCAGCUGGAUGCCCGUGAUCCUCUGAACCCAGGGAAGUGGUCUGAGCACCAGCUGGCCACAGGCACCCCAGACCAUGUCGGAACUUUGAGUGAGGCCUGGAGUCGGGGAGCAGUUGCCACCCACUGGCCUUCCCAAGCCACCGUCAAGAUGCUGAGCCUGAAGCUCCCCAGGCUGGUCAGCAUAGACCAGAUGCCCCAGGUGUUCCAUGAACAGGGCAUCCUCUUUGGCUACCGACACCCACAGAGUUCUGCCACUGCCUGCAUCCUCAGCCUUUUCCAAAUGACCAAUGAGACCCUCAACAUCUGGACUCACUUGCUUCCCUUCUGGUUCUUCAUGUGGAGGUUUGUGACCACUCUGUAUGUGACGGAUGUCCAGAACGACAGCUACUCCUGGCCUCUGCUUGUGUACAUGAGCACCAGCUGCGUGUACCCACUUGUGUCCAGCUGUGCACAUACCUUCAGCUCCAUGUCCAAGAACGUCCGGCACAUCUGCUACUUCCUGGACUAUGGUGCUGUCAACCUCUUCAGCCUGGGCUCGGCCAUCGCCUACUCCGCCUAUGCGUUCCCUGACACACUGGUGUGUACCACCUUCCGUGACUUCUACAUGACCCUGGCUGUGCUGAACACCAUCAUUAGCACCGGCCUCUCCUGCUACUCCAGGUUUCUGGAACUCCAGAGGCCCAGGCUCUGUAAGAUGCUCCGGGUCCUUGCGUUUGCUUAUCCCUACACCUGGGACUCUCUCCCCAUCUUCUACAGGCUAUUCCUGUUCCCGGGGGAGAAUGCACAGAACGAAGCUACCUUGUACCACCAGAAGCACAUGGCCAUGACUCUCCUGGCCUCCUUUUUCUAUUCUGCGCACCUGCCCGAGCGCCUGGCCCCUGGGUGCUUCGACUACAUUGGUCACAGCCACCAGCUGUUCCAUGUGUGUGUGAUCCUGGCCACGCACAUGCAGAUGGAAGCCAUACUCCUGGACAAGAAUCUGAGGAAGGAAUGGAUCCUGGCCAACUCUAGGACCCUGUCUUUCCCUCAGAUAGCCGGAGCCAUACUUCUGUGUCUCAUCUUCAGCCUCAGCAACAUAAUUUAUUUCUCAGCUGCUCUGUAUCGGAUUCCCGAGCCAGAAUUACAUAAAAAAGAAACAUGAUUUGGACCAUGAGCUUUUUGUGCCAGAUAUCAACAUUAAGCUGUAACAUUCUAACCAUCAUAAGCCGGUGGCGUGUUACUGGUUUACAGUGGCCUAAAAUGUUCAGAAUGAUUGGUUCCUGGCAUUUUUAGUGGGUUCAUAUCAAUAAGGUAUUUAACUGGGGAAAAUUUUCUAGAUGUGCACUGAUUCUGUAUGUGUGAUUUUAAAAGGGGAACAUUGGUUCAAGUAAGUCCUCGUUCAGGCAAAUCAUUAAUAUUUCAUUAAGUUUUAAAUUUAUUUAAAAUGAGUUUUCAAUUCUAUUUAAAGAGUUGGAUUAAGCAUAUUACUUUUGUACCUUUACUAUUAAACAGUUGGAUUAAGCUUUACUACCCUUGUAGUAUUACUCUUUAAAAAUGGAACUUGCUUCAUUUAAUGAGUUUUAUGUAACAAAGCCUCUCCUAAGAGUUCCCACAGUGGAAGGAGAAUGAGUCAGAAAUGUCAGUGGUGGGGGGACCUGAGAAAGAGGAAGUUUGGUCUAUGGGAGGCCUGGGACCAGGAAGGCAUUCCAGAAUGAAGAGACCUGGUUUGGGCAGGGUCCUCUUUCUUUUACCACCUAGUAAAGGAAACGAAUUUAAAGAGAGUCCUCUUUUCCCACAAGUCCAUUCUGCUUCGGAGUGCAAAUUGUCACAUCUAUGGGAUUUGGAUUUGGACUAUGGAUUUGGAUUUUCUUAAAAGUCCACAGCCUAUGGCUGGGUAUCAUGUAUUCUAUUUUGCUGUUUUCUUGUUGCCAGUUUGAUGCUGCAAAGUAUUAUGCAGGGCUGGUAAAAUGUGUCACACCGUGGGAGUUUGCUAAAUUAAUCCCUGUUGGUUGUGCUAAGUUGUCACCUUUUAAAUCAAUGACAUCACUCUUUUUAGGGAUGCCAUACAUGUGAUGUUGCUUCAGCAUUUCAAAUAUGCUGCAACUUUUAGUAUUCAAAUGCAGAGGAUGCUAAAGACCUUGCCAAAGGAUUUGUCAAAAGUAGUAAUUUUUCCAGCUUUACUGUGAAUCAAACACUUGGUAAGCUUGUGACAAAUGCAGAUUCCCAGAGAAACCAGGAGAUUGUGCUUUACAAGUAUAAAAAUGUGGGUGUCCUAGAGGAGGUCUGCACUGCAGCGAGUCCCCAGGUUAUUCUAGUGCAGAAGGGUCACAGGCCAAACUUUAAGAAAUGCUGGUGUCAGGAAUUCCAGAAGGCACUGGGCUUACCAGCUUUGUUUUCAUUGAUGUAAUGUUCAGCAACUCACCUCCUAAGGACACGUCCCCCGCUUUCUAUUCUGCAUGGUACUAAAACACUGAGCAUUUUCUCACCUGUUGCAUUAUUAAUUAAAGUUCAGUAUUUCAUGGUGUUUUCAGAGCAUACAGAAAUGCUGACGCAAAACAGUUUUUAACAGAGGCUCAUCAACCCCUGGUCUGCACUUGCUAAUGACUUAAGGGGCCAUUCACAAUGCAGGAUCCUCUUUGCUGACUCAGGAACACCCCUAUAUCUUAGAAGACUGCUUCUGUGGUUAACUGGCCCACACGCUUGAAUAGCUUUGUACAUAGCUCAUCAUCCAAUCCUCUGAGGACAAGUAACAUUGAUAUUGGAUGAAAGUGGUCAAGAAAUAUUAUUUCAUUAGUUUUAUUACCUGUUUACUUCCUCUGGGAAAGGUAGACUGAUAAAAUUAUAUGGACUCGUAAAUUUUGGGUACAUUCAUUACAAGCUACACGACAAAAUUUGUUCUUUAGCAACAACCUGAUGUCAUUAGUAGAAUUGUACUCCAGCAGGGUCUGGUGGGCUUCUACGUCAUCUUACUGUAACUUCAAUUUUAUAGUGAAAAAAAAGGUACAAUGUUUAAAUACACUAUUUUAGUAAUGCCAAAGACAUGAAGGCUUUCAAAUACUCUUGUUUAUAACAGUAAAAUAAUAUUCUUUGAUCAGCUCAGAAAUAAUUGGAAGAUUAAUGAGUGAUUAAUUUGAAGGACUUUUAGAUAAUUUAACCUUUAGUUAUGUUGCUUUUUCGCCAUGCUUAAUGAUGAAAAUAAAAUGUUAAGCCAACAAAAUAAGACCAAGUGUUUUCAUAGUGUUUGUAUAAGUUUGGUAAACUUAGUCCCAUUGUAUACUUUUGGACAGUAUUACAAAUUAAAAUUUUAUAAUAGUUUGUAGUACACUGAUUUGCAAGUUUCUACUGUGGAGUGAGAAUGGGUUUUAAUAAUCUAUCAAUUAUCGUUAAAUAUUAAGUCUAAUGUGGGUAUAGUUUUGCCUAAGCCAUCCCAGAAAGUCAAAAAGGUUGGCAGGGGGUCAGUUGAAGUUUUUUAAUGUAGUUCUCAAAAAAAUUUCAAUAUCUCAAUAUACUUUAGUGAUGUGGCAUAUUCCCACUGGUGGCAAUUGCUCACCCUCACGCUGUCUCAAAAGGGAUUAUGUGGAAGCAGGUAGACUCCUAGUGGGAUAUCCCUCUUCCCCCUCCGCCUGUUUGAGAAACACCACUCUAAAAUUUAUCAGACAUUACAGUUGUGCUAAAACCUGAAUGUGUUUGAAUGAGGCCAUUUCGUCAACUGUAUCUCCCUUUACUCAUUGUAGAGUUUCAUUUUCCAUUGCUCAUUUUUUAGAGAACAACUCACCAUCUUCUUUCUAAAGAUAUGAAUUUGUCAUUGUUGAUUUGAAUUAGAAGUGGGAAGUUUCUAAGCCUUUUGAGUACAAAGUGAUUUAAAUAUUUGGUCUGCUGCAAUCUUUCUCAAAGUGUUUUUUUGUGGAACCCUGUUCAUCUGAGAAGUUCUGAGGAAGGCAUGUGGAGUAGAAUGGUAUCUGUCAAAUAUGUUGGAGAAACACUUCAUCUGCAUCUACCGUGUCCCAGAUUUGUUUUGGCCAUGAUACCCUUCUUAUAUGAAACACCUAUUAAUACUGUAUAACAACAUUUUAUGACAUGUUAGUUGAAUGCCAGCCUCUGCUUUUGUAGUCAAUAAUCCAUUAUGGAUGAAAAGGCAAAGACCCAUUUCCAAACUCAGAGAUGUUCUUUCAGUGUCUGGUUUUCUUAAACUGUGUGGGAGAAACAAAUAAAUAAAAUUUAUUUAUUAUAA